AUGUCUCUUGAUGAUAACCGUAAUGAUCCAGAUGAGGAAGUCAGUGGUUUGAAAGAAGAAGACUCACAAUCCAAGAAGAAAAGGAUACACAUAAACAAUGGAGACAAAUAUGAUAUAGCUAACAGCACAGAGUUGGAUGAGCUUGUUGAUAAUACUGUAGGAGAUAGUUUGGAGAGAUGUGACAUGGUGGAGAGUGGCAGGCCUCACUACAGUGAGUCAGCUGGUGAGAGGAAGGAAGUGUACAUGACCUCCGCUGGGAGGAUCAGUAUUGGUGUAGACCAGGAUGUACCAGUGACUGUGCCAGCAGCUACACACAACACCACUCAGGUAGGCCAUGUUCAUGUUGUUGCUGCACCCCUAGAUGAAGAAGUUUUCCUGCUCCCCCAGCAUGCAUGUGAUCCCACCAUCCCGUCUUCUGCACCCACCCAUCUACAUGAUGUGAACCCUGUUGACGACCAGGCAUGUGGCCCCACUCCUGCAUCCACUCCUGUCUGCACCACCAGCACCAAAGUGUCCACACCCUCGCUGUCAAGUCAGGAGAAGAUGAAAGGGGUGGAGCUGAAGGAUGAGUGGCAAGAUGAUGGAUUCCCUGGCAUGUUGGCAGAGGGAAGUGCCACACAAGAUAAAGCUCGGCCACAAACACUUGGAGCCUCUGCAGAUGGGCCUACCAAAAAGAAAAUAGUGCCAGACAUCAACUUGCUCAGUGAUGAAGAUGCCAGUGAAGGGGAUGUAUUGGAAGAUAUAGAUGACCUUGAAACCCCCCAUGACCUUGACACACCAUCUGACCUUGAAGAAGGUGACCUGGGUGAACUUGAAUGGGAAAGGAGAAUAAAGAAAUUGAAAGAUGACACACCAGUUCUCUCCCCGGAUGACAUUGACCCCAUCCCAGAAUAUACAGAACAAGAGGAGAAGCAUGAUGCCCGGCACUGGAAGACAGUGACCGUGGGGGACAAACAGUACAAGAUUGACCUGAAGGUCAUUGAGCCCUACAAGAAGGUCCUGUCACAUGGAGGUUACUACGGUGAUGGUCUGAAUGCAAUAAUCCUGUUUUCUGGAUGUUACCUCCCUGAUCGCCGCCGCAAGGAUUACAACUAUGUCAUGGAUAACCUCUUCUAUUAUGUGGUGCACACUCUCGAGCAGCUUGUUGCGGAGGACUAUAUGAUAGUGUACUUCCACGGAGCCACGCCACGCAGGCAGAUGCCCAGCCUCUCAUGGCUCAAGAAAUGUUACCAGAUGAUAGACAGGAGGUUAAGGAAGAACCUCAAGGCCUUGCUUCUAGUUCAUCCAACACUGUGGUUGAAAACAGUUGUCAUGAUGACCAGACCUUUUAUCAGCUCCAAGUUUGCAUCCAAGCUCCGCUUUGUGAGGACUUUGCAAGAGCUGUCCCAAAUUCUCCCUAUGGAUCAUAUCUAUGUGCCGGACCAGGUUCAGAGCCACGAUGACAGCUUCCACAGCCGACCCACCUUGUCCACUCCCUCCACCCCCACCUCAGACCCCACCUCCCCACAAUGAGCUUGCCGCACCAACAGAAUAGAGGACCUGGUGAGGCAAAACCCCAAUUAUCUGGAGCAACCUGAAGCACCACACACCACACAGCAGAGGAAGACCUAGCCUCCAGACAUUGAAGCACCACACAUCACACAGCAGAGGAAGACCUAGCCUCCAGACAUUGAAGCACCACACACCACACAGCAGAGGAAGACCUAGCCUCCUGCGAUUGAAGCAUCACACAUCACACAGCAGAGGAAGACCUAAAUCCUGCCAUUGAAGCACCACACACCACACAGCAGAGGAAGACCUAGCCUCCAGACAUUGAAGCACCACACACCACACAGCAGAGGAAGACCUAGCCUCCAGACAUUGAAGCACCACACAUCACACAGCCGAGGAAGACCUAGCCUCCUGCCAUUGAAGCACCACACAGCAGAGGAAGACCUAGCCUCCAGACAUUGGAGCACCACACACCACACAGCAGUAACAAGAGUCUGCGGACCAGACACACAGACAGAAACAAGAGUCUGCCGACCAGACACACAGACAGAAACAAGAGUCUGCGGACCAGACACACAGACAGAAACAAGAGUCUGCAGACCAGACACACAGCAGUAACAAGAGUCUGCCGACCAGACACACAGACAGAAACAAGAGUCUGCCGACCAGACACACAGAUAGAAACAAGAGUCUGCGGACCAGACACACAGACAGAAACAAGAGUCUGCGGACCAGACACACAGCAGUAACAAGAGUCUGCGGACCAGACACACAGACAGAAACAAGAGUCUGCCGACCAGACACACAGACAGAAACAAGAGUCUGCGGACCAGACACACAGACAGAAACAAGAGUCUGCGGACCAGACACACAGACAGAAACAAGAGUCUGCCGACCAGACACACAGACAGAAACAAGAGUCUGCGGACCAGACACACAGACAGAAACAAGAGUCUGCCGACCAGACACACAGCAGUAACAAGAGUCUGCGGACCAGACACACAGACAGAAACAAGAGUCUGCCGACCAGACACACAGACAGAAACAAGAGUCUGCGGACCAGACACACAGACAGAAACAAGAGUCUGCCGACCAGACACACAGACAGAACAAGAGUCUGCCGACCAGACACACAGACAGUAACAAGAGUCAUACAGGUGGCCAUCUGUGAGUGGGCUGGUCCCUGUGUAUCCUAUCCUGUAUCAUAUGUACAGUGUCUCUGUCUGCUUGUACCAUACAAACACAUAACUUCAUACAGCUGUAGUGAAUAGCUGAGCUUCAGCAUGCAGGUUUUGAAGAUGUUGCUAGAUAAUCAGUGUUGGUUCACUAUGCCAGCCGGUUGAUGAGCACUUGCUAUGGUAGCACAUUCUGCUUUAUCCGUUACGAAAUGUUAUGAAUUUGAAAAUUAUCAUUCCUUUACUCUGUUUCCUUAUGCACCAAAAUCAAUUGUUUUCACUUACAAAACAUUUAGAAACUAACAAAGGCAGUGUGCAGCCUAAGUAAUGCACCUGUUGGAUAUUGACAUGUACUGGUGUUACAUUUUUGAAUGAUGUUGACAAUUCUCCUGUUUACAUGCUGAUGUCAGGACUGCACAUUCAUUUAUUGGGAACUACUAGUUAGAGAAAAAUGAAGUUGUGCAGCAAUUAAUAGAUGUUCAUUCUGCACUGUUACUAUUAAUGUCACUUUUCAGGUGCAAUAAAUUAAAGUAAUUUCA